AUGGAAAGAACUAAGCAAAAUAUAGAGAGACAAUAAAAUAGAUCAGAAACUAUUGAUGUAGUAAUGAGACCCAAAGAUUCUACAAUAGAAGAUUCCCAUUCACAAAGAUUAAAGAUCAUAAAUUAGAGAGUAGUUGUUGUUAAUACUUUCAAUCGCAUCAUCAAUCUUGAUCGUGUUGGACAUCGAAUGCAACGAGGAUAACUAUUAAGAUAUCUAAGAGAAUUUUACAGUCAGAUUAUUGUUGAACAAAUAAAUAAAGUUUUAAAGGUGCCAGAUACAUUGACACUGUAGAUGUAUGAAUAACUUGUAACUUACUUGUAACAAUUGGAUAGAUAACAAUACUUGAAUUUAUGUUUUUAGAUGUAUGAUUUAUAAGGAUAAGGUGUAAUUACAAGUACAAACUUGCUCUCCAUACUUUCAGUAGAAAAAAAUACAUCAAUUAUAGAAAAUGACAUUUUAACUAUGAUUAAACUUAGAGCCAGUCUACUUAAGUCAUAAAUAGAUAAGAGUGAAUCAUCUGGACUACCUAAACUUAGAACCAUCGUAAUAAACAACAAAAGAACUUCUAAAGGGAAACGUAUGAUGAUAUCCCAAAUUGAGAAUGAAGUAGAUCAAAUUGUUAUGCAUCCAAUUAAUAGACUGAAACUCAUUGAUAAAAAUCAGUUUUAUAAAAUCUGGAAUAAUCAUAUCCCUGGAAUAAUUUAAGACCUCUUUAAAAACUUGAAUGAUUAUUAUUAUUAAUGA